AGUUUUGAGGAGGAAAAAACAGGAGGCUGGGUCCGAGGAGGAGAUGCAGCUAGCAAUCAUUAGCAGUUUGUCUGCAGAAGUAGCUACAGUCACAGUUAGUUAUAUUUUAAUAUAACAACCACGUUUUCCUGUCAACAAAACAAUAAGUAAGAAAGAAAAGGCUUUGACCUCCUUUAUAUCAUGCCGGGAAGCUUCCUAAUAAGGAUCGUUUGAAAUUAUAGAAAUAUGAAGGACUCACAGCCAGAGUUAUCCUGAGAAGCUUCCCACCCCCUCAGCUUGAAGAUGGAGGAGGACCAUGUUCAUUGCAUGUCCUGUGUUAACCAGAGAUGCAUGGUCAGACCUCAGCCAGGCAUUUCUUGUGAUAUUAUCACCUGUCCUCUGGUGUGUGGGGCUGUAUUUCACUCCUGCAAAGUAGAUGAACACAACCUCCUUUGCCCACUGUUAAGGGUCCCCUGCCUUAACAGUGGCUAUGGCUGUCCUGUCACCCUGGUGCGCAAUCAAAUGUAUGCACACCUCGAGGUGUGUCCUGCUGGGGUGGUGUGCUGCACUAUGGAGUGGAACAGAUGGCCUGUUAGCUGCCUGGACUAUACUUCCUAUGAGAGCCUGAGCCGUGGGGUGGAGGAGGUGGAGCAACUGGACAUGGCACUUGCACUUCAGGACCAGCGUACACUACUUGAGUCCCUCAAGGUGAUUGCCAUGGCACCUACUGCAGAGAAAGAGCCACUUGUCCCUGUAAGUAAGGUUAACAGGGCAACAGACUCAGCUUUGCUUGCAUCCGUACCUGAAGCCUCCGCCAGUGAGUUACCUUUGCAGCCUUCAUCCCCAUGUCCACCACAACCAGCCCAACCAGGCUCGGCAAAGGAGAGAAUUGUCAGUGGAAUUAAUGGGCUGAACGAGGAGCAUUUCGGUAAACUCUAUGAGGCCACCCUUGUGACUGCUAGAAGUUUAGCUGCUGCUUUAGACUUUGUUAGCAGUGCCAGCUCCUCUGACAGCAACACACAGCGUGUAAACAGAGAAGCUGCUGAGCAGGAGAGUAGAUUGAUCAGCAGCAGCAACACAGACCUUCAGAAUGGACUGGAAAACAAAACACCUGUAGCCGCUGAUGGUUUUAAUAUUAGAGAGAAGGAUGAGCAGAGUGUUUGCUCUAGCUGUUUGAGUGGAAAUGGGGCUCAGAAAAGAACAGAUGAAGAAAUGGUAAACACAACAAACGGACAGCUGUCAGGAGCCAUGGAGGCCUGUGUUGAGAAACCCUGUCCUGUUGAUGUACAGGGUGAUAUGAAUGCUGGUGCUUCUCAGGAGCCAGUGACCCCUCCAGUGUUGUCUCCAGUGCAUGACAGCCAGGGUGUGGCACAGAGAGCUGGUCAUGUGGUGCUAGAAGAUAGGGGGCUAGUGCUCCUAGAAAACCAUGGGCCUCAGCGGAAGUUCCACAGCUACCAGUUUUUUAGGGGCCAGGGUCAGUAUUCAUUAUCAAAUGGACGGAUAGGAUUCAUCCCAGACAGGUCAUUGUAUAGAUUGCGACCCAAAAUGGAGGACAAGGCAGUGGAUACCUCGGACUUGGAGCAGGUUGACGAUCCCAUGGGUCUGGGAGAGAUUGAUCUGAUCACAGCAGCCCUGCUCUUCUGUCUGGAAGAGUCCAGAGAGUGUAGAAGGAUCUCUGAUACAGUCUAUGUUGAUGGCUAUCGUGUUGACUUUGGCACACAGACUUUCACUUUCCCUGCAGCAAUCUUGGUAACAAACACUAGAGUGGGUGACAUGGCCUCUGCAUCUGCCUGUGACCACGCUGCCCCCCAGCUCUCCUACCCCAGCCCAUUCCGCACUCUCCGACUCGGCCUUGUCCUGGAAGCUCUGGAGGUCGAGGCAGUCCCACAUAACCGUUAUCUCCCUCCUAACCCCCGCUACCAGCACAUGUUUCCCUUUGUCUGUGGCCAGUCAUUCCGCCGGGACCAAUUUUCUUCUCAUUUCACCAAUGUCCAUGGUGACAUUCACGCUGGUCUCAAUGGUUGGAUGGAGCACCGCUGCCCCCUGGCAUAUUAUGGCUGUACAUUUUCCCAGCGGAGGUUUUAUCCCUCCACCGAGGGAGCCAAGGUGGUUCAUGACAGGCACCUCAGGUCCUUCGGGGUUCAGCCUUGCCCAAAGGCAAAACUUCCAAGUGACACCCAAUCUGACCAAUUUAGUGAGCUGCCCAAUGAGAUACUGUGGCACAUAGCUGGGUUCCUGGACAGUUUCAGCCUGUGCCAGCUGUCAUUGGUGUCACGGACUAUGAGGGAGGUGUGUGCCAGUCUCCUCCAGACCCGAGGCAUAGUGGAGCUGCAGUGGGAGCGAACGCAAUGCCAUGGUGCUCAUGGUACUGUGUCAUGGCAGAUCAAAAACAGAGUGUGGAGAUUCAGCACUGCCUUCAGCCAAGUGUGGUCAUGGGGUUUCACUGAUCUCCCCAGCAUGUCGGACCAUCUUAAGAGAUGCCACUUCAACACAGUGGAGCACAAGACGGAGCCUGUUCCCCUUCCUGCCAUGUGUACCGCACGAGAUGGAUACUCACUGCGUCGCGUCCUGCGUCACGUUAACACCUGACCAAACAAGACUAACCUCUCGUAGCUGCACGAGUGUCACUCUGGUAUUAUGUGGACGUUGCAAUUAAAGAUUAUUUUAAAAAACUAUUAACUCUUCCUGUAUUACACUAGAUUGUGAAGAAGCCUUAAUGAAAUAAUAUUUUACUUGCCACAGUGAAGGACUGCUUUUGUGGGUGGUCCUUUGUGGAGAAAAAAAAACAUUAAGCAUUUAGCUUUGCAUGGGUUUAUGCUGCAAAUGCACUUGUAUUCUGGUAAGAUAAAGUAUAUUUUCUUGAAGACAAAUAUGCACAAUAGAUUUAUAUUAUUCUGUGUGAUAUACUGAGCAAAUGGAAAGAGAUUUAAAUGUUUUCACUAUCUUGCCUUUCAGUAGUAGCCAUGGGAAAAAGCAGAUUGUUGGUUAUAUUGCAUUAUUUCUGUGUAACGGAAGUUAUGCCAGCACUUUACACAAGAUUUGCUAAUCCCUCCUAUUAUCUGUGACCCUAAAUGAUCUAGUCUUUCUUAUCCCUGUAAAGGGUGUCAAUCCAAUGCAAACUGGACUCAUGACAAGUCUGUUGUCUGGGUUUGUAGGAUGUCAGGACAUGAGUCAAAACAGAUGGAUAUUUAUAUGAGGACUGCCCAAUAAUGCAUGUGAUUUGCUAUCAUUUAAUAAAGUCUUUACAUCGUUUCA